AUGGACCAACUCAACUUUUCGGUUGCAGAAGCGAUCGACCCGUUUCUUAAAUUCAAAAAGAUCAAAUUCACGCCGUUCAGAGACGCUUCUUAUGGGCCUUGUACCUACGAACUCUCCUUGUACGGUUGUUUCGCAGGAUUCAAAAAAGCCAAAGACCUCGGCUGGUAUAACUUCAGCACGUUCGAUCUGGCCCAGUAUGAGAAGUAUGAACAGGUUUGCAAUGGUGAUUUGAAUUGGAUUAUUCCCAAGAAGUUCAUAGCUUUCAGUGGUCCUGCGAGCCCAGACGAACCGGAGGUCGAAGAGAGCUAUAACCACCCGCCGGAGAAGUAUGUGCCUAUCUUCAAGAAAUGGGAUGUGUCUCUAGUGAUACGGCUUAACAAGAAGCAGUACAACGCUAAAGGGUUUACCAAGCAUGGGAUAAAGCACGUUGAUUUAUAUUUCCUCGACGGAAGCUGUCCAUCUGAGUACGUGCAAGCCUUCCCUUUGAGCCGCGGGAUUGCCUACGAGGAGCCCCAUGUAAUUGAUUGUUUUGUAGCGAUAUAG